AUGACCGGAGUCUCCCACCUCAGAUGGAUCCUAGUCGUUGAGAAGGAGGCAACAUUCAAAGCCCUGGUAGAAAGGGGAUUCCAUCAGCACCCAGUCGUUGGUCCAGGGUUACUCGUAACAGCCAAAGGCUACCCCGAUCUCGCAACUCGCUACUUCUUGCGCUUUCUUCUCGAUAAUGCUCAUACACCGAUCCAGAUAUUUGGAUUGUUCGACUGGGAUCCAGACGGCAUCAUGAUCCUGAAGUGCUAUCUGUAUGGUUCGAAGAAUCUGGCGCAAGAGCAUUGCUCCAUCGUUCCAGAGAUGAGAUGGAUUGGUGUCAAAGCCGAAGACAUCACCACUCUCGGCCAUGCCCAUGGAGAGUUGUUGCCGCUGUCAAUGCGGGACAGAGCAAUCGCGGCUUCCAUGUUGGCUAGUGAGGAGUGGCGGAACGACACCGGUGAGAUGUUGCCAGGUCUGCAAGAGGGUAUUGCCGACCUUCAACGAAUGCUGAUGCUUGGUCGAAAAGCCGAGAUCCAGAUCCUCGGCUACGGUGAUGAUGGCAUUGAACCAUGGUUGGUCAAGAAGCUGAGGAAUGGCUUGGAGCACAGAGGGUUGUAA